CUUAUAUUCCACUUCACCAAACACUCUACACUUACCUGGGUAGCGAAAGGCCUAGGUACUUUGCCUAGCAGGACCCUUGCUCGGGGGCUCAAGACAGCCGCAGACGGACUUCUAUUCACCUUGCAGCCCCAACAGCUGCAGUCGCCUAAGUUAUGAGCACUCGAUAAUCUUGACUGGACCUUUCUACAAGCCAGGAAACCAAAGGCUCUCCCUCAAGGAUCAGACAUGCCGUAAGUUAAACCAGCUCGAGAGGAUUCCGUCUUUGUAUUGCUCUCAGUCCGAGUCAGCUAGGCCUCAGGCUUACAGACAACACACUCGAAGGAUUGGUAAAUGCCUAUUCAAACCCCGGGAGCACAGGAGUGCCAUCAUAGGCAGUAUUCAACACCCGAACACGUUCCGAACUAUCUUGUCAUUUGAGGCAGACCUGGAGCAUCGGGCGAAACGUUGACUGAUGGCAUAUUCGUGGUCUAUCCAAGUCACCGUUUGUUUCUCUUUCGAUAACCCAACCACAGUACCCAACGUCGCACGGCUUCAUUUGCCCGGAAAAUACGCAAGAACGUCAAUAUGACGCAGCCACAGGGCAUCGGCCGUGAUGAUCCCCAGCUAAACCCAAACUCUCUGCACGACUUCCACAAGGCCAAACGCGGACCCAAGAACGUUCCUGAUAUCGUGAUGGCGUCUACCAACCAAGAAAGCGUGCCCAAGCACCCAGGCCAUCCGUACGCGCAGACGAAGAAUAUCAAAUUCGACUUCUUCAACCAGAAGGUCUCCAACGCCCCCUUUGGAUACGAGCAUUUCGUGUCUCUACCGCCAAAGUACGAUGAAUACCCAGAGGCAAGUUGGCCGCUGGUGCUGUUCCUGCACGGCGCGGGUGAGUCUCAACGCGAACGAAACGAGUCUUUCGUAUCGGUCAGACACGGGAUUCCCAAAGUCAUCCUGUGCUACGACAAGCUAAGAGCAAACGAGGAGCCCGCCAUUGACAUCCCUCUGGCUCCGAGGCUGAGGAAAAGCAAGCAGACGAAGCAGGGCGAUAACUCUGUUAAACCGGUGCCGGCAGAGGUAUGUACCUUGUUAGCGGAGAACUUCAUCACCGUGACACCAUCCCUCAACAUGGAUUGGGGUUACGGCUGGAACGCAUCCAUCUUGUCAGCCCUGUUGGAUGAGAUCGUGGACCGAUACCGGGUCGACGUCGAUCGAAUGCAUGUCACGGGUUUCAGCAUGGGUGGAUAUGGGACUUGGGAACUUGCCUUGCACACGCCUAAACGGUUUGCCACCGUCAUGCCGAUUUGCGGCGGAGGCGAUCAUUUACGAGCCGGCCAUAUUAAGCAUAUACCUCAUUGGGUGCACCACGGCGAUCUCGACGAUAUUAUCCCGGUGGAUGCUUCGGUGCGAAUGGUCAAAGCACUUGAGAAAGCCGAUGCGAAAGAAGUCGAAUUCACCAGAUAUCCGGAUUUGAUGCACGACAGCUGGACGGCGGCGUACAAUAACCCGGAGGUAUACCGAUGGAUGCUGGAUCGCAAGAGAAGUGUAAAAGGUGACGAGGAAGGCGUUCCUGCUGAGAACAAGGUGGUACUUUCCGCAGACACUUGAGGAGUGUGAGAAAAUGGUGUAUUGAAGAUGACAUUGUAUCCGUAAUUUUGUAUGCUAGAAUUCAAC